CAUAUUGUUUGCUCUUGGUUCGAGUUUCGAUUGUUCAUAAACUGAAGUCGAAUUUCGACACAGCCAUCGGCUGUCUUUGUACUAUCGAAGCCUUUACUAUUUCAUUCUUGAAUGACGCGUUAAACGCCUAGACACCUCACAAGUUGAGAACCGCUUAUGUAGACAAAUCGUGUUUUGGAACUUCGAUUUUGCGCGUAUCUCAAUCGGGUCAUUUGGAAGCUUUGAGAGAAUUAACACUAACCUGAAAUUCAGUGGUCCGCAAAAGUAUUUUUCAUCAAAAACGCGUUGACUUCAGCUUGAACUGAAAGUCAUCGAAAACAUGGUCACUCAUCAAUUAGCCAUAAUAAUGACGAUUUAGGAUGAUAAUGAUGAUGACGAUGAUUAUGAUGAAGUAUAUGAGACUGAUGAAUAUUAUCAUGAUAAUGAGGAUGAUGUUGAUGUUUUGAAUGAUGAUGUUAAUAAUAAUAAUAGUAUUAUUUAUGAUAUGAUAUGACGAUGAUAAUGAUGCAAAUGAUGAAGAUUAUGGAUGUGAUGAGGUUAGUAACGAUGAUGAGAAUGAUAAUUAUUUUGCAGAUGAUGAUGUUUAUGGAUAUGAUGAGGUUUGUGAAGAUGCUGCUGCUGCUGAUGAUGUUGAUGAUGAUGAUAAUAAUAAUAAUAAUAAUGAAGCGAAUGAUGAAGAUUGUGGAUGUGACAAACUUUGUGUGAAGAUAAUGAUAAUGAUGAUGAUGAAAAUGAAGCGGAUGAUGAUGAAGAGGAUAAAGUAGAUUAUGGAUAUCAUGAGCAAUGUAACGGUGACGAUGAUAAAAAUGAUGAGGCGGAUGAAGAAGAUUAUGUAUAUGAUAAGGUUUGUGAUGAUGAUGACGAUGAUUAUGAUGAAGUAUAUGAGAAUGAUGAAUAUUAUCAUGAUAAUGUGGAUGAUGUUGAUGUUUUGAAUGAUGAUGUUAAUAAUAAUA